CGUAGCCUAGCGCUUCCCCAGCGUAACAGUGACCGGGUCCCCUGAGCCAGCCCGCGUAAAGGACACCUCGAACCUCCACUGACGCGAGCAUCAUCCAUCAUCGAGACAUCGACACCCCUUCCUUCCAUAUCACGACAAUUCAAUUCCAUCCACUCCUUCGUCGACAGCCGCUCGUUUCUCCAAAUUCGAUAAUUCCGUAAUAAUCACUCACCAUGGCUCCCACCAAGACCACCGGCAAGGAUGUGUACUCGGUCAUCCUGCCGACCUUCAAUGAGCGCCAGAACCUCCCCAUCAUCACCUGGCUGCUCAACCGCACCUUUACCGAGCAAAACAUCGACUGGGAGCUCGUAAUCGUCGACGACGGCUCCCCCGACGGCACCCAAGAUGUCGCCGCCCAGCUCGUCAAGCUCUACGCUCCCCACGUGCAACUGCAGACCCGCACAGGCAAGCUCGGCCUCGGCACCGCCUACGUCCACGGCCUCCAGUUCGCCAAGGGCAACUACAUCAUCAUCAUGGACGCCGACUUCAGCCACCACCCCAAGUUCAUCCCCCAGAUGAUCGCCAAGCAGAAGGCCGGCAACUACGACAUUGUCACGGGCACCCGCUACGCCGGCGACGGCGGCGUCUAUGGCUGGGACCUCAAGCGCAAGCUCACCUCCAAGGGCGCCAACAUCUUUGCCGAUACCGUGCUCCGUCCCGGCGUGAGCGACUUGACCGGAUCGUUCCGGUUGUACAAGAGAGAUGUGCUGGAGAAGCUGUUCCAGAGCACGGAUAUCCGUGGUUUCACCAUGCAGAUGGCUCUGGCUGUUACGGCAAAGUCCCAGGGCUUCUCGAUUGCCGAGGUGCCCAUCUCUUUUGUCGACAGAGUUUAUGGCGACAGCAAGCUUGGUGGCGAGGAGAUUGUGGAAUACGCCAAGGGCGUCCUGCAGCUUUGGUGGUCCACGUAAACAGGACAAGGAGUGCGUCAACAACACAAGCAAAGGAAGCUACAAGAUAUAUAAAAGCUAAUGGUUGGGCUGGGCCGAUGUACAAGUAAGGUUGGGAUCUGGGUUGCAUGGCGUUUUCGUUC